GACGAAAUGAGCGCCGAGACGCUUGCUCGCAGUCUGCUCUACUGCAUGCAUUUUCUGAAUGCCUCUUUUUGAGUUUUAAGCAGCUUUAGCUUGCGUUUUUUAAUUUGGCCUUUUGGCUUUUUAUAUAGUAAUUCAUUUUGUUAUUCAUUAUUGUAUUCCAGUAUUUGAUAAAAUUGGAAGUACCACUUUGUGACAUUCUUUCUGCAUGUACAUAUUCCCCAUUUUUGUUGUAUUCUGAAAUCGUAGCAGAAGAGAACAGACACCCCUAACUGGCCUAACAGCCACGAAUCAUCGCUGAGUUUUCAUUUACACUUAAGCAUUCUCGGUUUUUCUUCGGCUGUUCUCGCUUUCCACGGCAAAAGAUGGACGGCGCUGAUGCAAAUCCUGACGUUCCGCAAGAACCCCAUCAGCGUGAAGAUCCUGCCUCUGUUGUGGAGAACACCGCCAGCCCCUCCAACAACCCGAAAACAGGAGAGGAAAGCAGUGAACCACCUGUGUCGGGUUCCUCAACGCUUGCUGCGACCAGUUCCAAACGUCCGCAUUCCCCGUCCCCCACACCCUCCACCAGCCACGAAAACCUGCGUAAAAUGCAAAAGACAUCGGAAUCCAUCGUCAGCUCCUCGACGGUGGAGGCCUCCCAACCGGGAACGGCGGGACAGGCUUCGGGAUCCCAGGAGGCGCGGGGUGCCGUCAAUCAUUUCCCCAAAGUCACCCUGGCGCCCAGCGUCAACGGGGAGGCCGUGAAGAAGUACUGCAUUUCGGCUUUGGCCGGGGAGAUCAUCGGACAGUGUAUCGCCGAGACCAAGGGGGGUGUGGUCGUGGAGGCGGAGGGGGCCGAGGGGGAGGAGAGCAGUCUGAUGGAUUCCGAGGACGAGGACGCGGUGGCCGCGGUGCUAGGGGGUAGUAGUGAGGAUGAGUGCAGUUAUUCCAAGGGUUAUGUGAAACGACAAGCGCUGUACUCGUGUCUGACUUGCCAAAAAGCGUCGGGAGAAGUUGCCGGAAUCUGUUUGGCGUGCUCCUAUGCGUGCCAUGAAGAUCAUGAUCUCGUGGAAUUGUACACAAAACGUAAUUUCCGUUGUGACUGUGGUAAUUCGCGAUUCUCUGGUGUGGCCUGCAAGCUGAUUCCGGAGAAGGACGCCAUCAACGAGCAGAACCAGUAUAAUCAGAAUUUCAGCAACGCGUACUGCGUGUGCCAUCGACCGUAUCCGGAUCCCCAGGAGCCGGCCAAUUUCUGCGGCGUCCAGGUGCAGUGCAUCGUCUGCGAGGACUGGCUGCAUUUGGCGCACGUGCUGAAGGACAUCAGCGAUGUGGAGGAGAAGCUGAAGGUGCCGCGCUCGCUGAUCUGCUUGCAGUGUCUGCAGAAACACAAAUUCCUCGGGCAUUAUCUCCUGGCCGAGACGGCGCUGGACUACCAGUUUGAACCGCUCGAUCCCAAAUACCAGAUUGAUGGCUGUGCGCUGAAAUACGUGGAGAAAAUGUAUCCGGACAUCAGUGCGAUCGACGAAGCGGCGUGGACGCCCAUCGAAUGGUACGAGAAUCUCUGCCGCUGUCCUCCUUGCCAGGAACUGUACAAGAAAGAAGAGGUGGAGUUUCUGAUGGAUGGAGAUGAUUCGGCCGGGGAGUACGAGGCUAAAGGACGCGAGAAGAUCCAGGAGGAGAAAGGCCGGCUGGAUAAUGUCGAUCACACGCAGUUCCUCAUGGGCGAGCUGGAUCGCUACGGGCAGAUUGAGUUCGCCAACCGCGUGGCUCAGAUGCGGCAGGAGUUGAAGGAUGGCAUGCAGUCACUGGCGCGGGAAAUGUCGGAAAAAGGCCAGGCGGAAGUGCAGGCGGCGGAUGUGAUGCGGCUGUUCGAGCGGCUGCAGGAGGAGCGCAAGAAGAAACGCCAGGACAACCAGUCACCGGCCGGUUUGUGAUGUUUCCGCCGUUUUAUGGGAUGGUUUCUGCACUGUUUUGCUGUCGCUUCGUUGCACUUCAUCCGUUUGUUUUUGUUAAUUUUUUAUCGCUGUACAGAAAUGAAUAAGUGAUUGUGUUGAAUGCGAUGCUGGAAUGGUAUUUCAAUUGGGAAUGUGAAAUCGUUUUUUAAUCACGGGCGUAGCGGUCCGUUUUUUUGCUGCGUUAUUCCAGUUUUCGAUGCAUGAUAAUGAUAAAAUUUGGACAGGCUUUUUAUGUAAAAUGUUGCUGAUGGAUUGCAAAACGGACUACCAAAAAAAUUAACAAA